AUGAUGAGGAAUUUCUACUUCCAUAGAGAGAGAGAGAGGGUUAAAGGCGCCAUGGAUUUGGAUCAAUGGAUUUCCAAGGUUAAAGAAGGCCAACAUCUCUCCGAAGACGAGCUUCAGCUUCUCUGCGAAUACGUGAAAGAAAUUCUCAUUGAGGAAUCAAAUGUACAACCUGUCAACAGUCCAGUCACCGUCUGUGGUGAUAUCCACGGCCAGUUUCAUGAUCUAAUGAAGCUUUUUCAGACCGGAGGUCAUGUUCCCGAGACAAACUACAUAUUUAUGGGGGAUUUCGUUGAUAGAGGUUACAACAGUCUUGAAGUAUUCACUAUUCUUUUGCUUCUUAAAGCAAGAUAUCCAGCCCAUAUCACACUUUUGCGUGGAAAUCAUGAAAGCAGACAGCUAACUCAGGUGUAUGGUUUCUAUGAUGAAUGCCAAAGGAAGUAUGGUAAUGCUAAUGCAUGGAGAUAUUGCACCGAUGUGUUUGACUAUCUUACACUUUCAGCUAUUAUAGAUGGCACAGUUCUAUGUGUUCAUGGUGGCCUUUCACCUGACGUACGGACAAUUGACCAGAUAAGACUGAUAGAGCGGAAUUGCGAAAUCCCGCAUGAAGGACCCUUCUGUGAUCUUAUGUGGAGCGAUCCUGAAGAAAUUGAAACAUGGGCUGUCAGUCCACGUGGAGCUGGUUGGCUUUUCGGGUCCAGGGUUACCACUGAGUUUAACCAUAUAAACAAUCUUGAUCUAGUAUGUCGCGCACACCAGCUUGUACAAGAAGGUCUCAAGUACAUGUUCCAAGAUAAAGGCCUUGUAACUGUGUGGUCUGCACCUAAUUACUGCUAUCGCUGUGGGAAUGUGGCCUCUAUAUUGAGUUUCAAUGACAACAUGGAAAGGGAAGUGAAGUUCUUCACGGAGACAGAAGAGAACAAUCAAAUGAGAGGGCCAAGGACAGCAAGGCGUGGACUCGUUUCUCUUAGCUCCGACUUUCUCGCACCUCAUCGUCAUCUUCUCCACUUCGGUGCUCCUCUUGUUCCUCGCCGCCGCUGUAGUCUUCGGUUGUGCUGCUCUUCUUCUUCCUCGUUCUCUGAAACUGGAGCUGCAUCAUUGCGGUUAACAUCUACGGGAGACAUGGCGGAAUCGAGAUCCCCUCCGGUGGCGAAGAAAGUGGAGCAUGUGAUGGAGAUGUUCGGUGACGUUCGGGUUGACAAUUACUACUGGCUCCGUGACGAUUCUCGUUGCAACCCCGACAUGCUUUCUUAUCUCCGUGAAGAAAACGACUACACUGCUGCCGUCAUGUCUGGGACUAAGAAAUUUGAGAAUCAACUGUUUGCUGAGAUAAGAGGGAGGAUCAAAGAAGAUGAUAUAUCGGCACCUCUACGCAAGGGUCCUUACUACUACUAUAAGAAGAGUCUUCAUGGAAAGGAAUAUGUUCAGCACUGUAGGCGUUUGAUCACUGACAACAAAGCUGAGCCUUCUGUGCAUGAUACUAUGCCAACUGGCCCAGAUGCUCCUCCUGAGCAUAUAAUAUUGGAUGAGAAUGUCAAGGCCCACGAGCAUGACUACUACAGAAUUGACGCCUUCAAGAACAGUCCCGAUCAUAAGUUGGUGGCGUAUGCAGAGGAUACAAAAGGUGAUGAAAUAUACGCAGUUAAUGUCAUCGACUCUGAGACACUGAAACCAGUGGGGCAACCGCUAAAAGGAGUGACUUGUGAUCUCGAAUGGGCUGGUAAUGAUGCUUUGGUCUACAUUACUAUGGACGAAAUCCUGCGACCUGACAAGGUUUGGUUACAUAAGUUGGGGACAGAGCAAUGUAGUGAUGUAUGCCUCUACCAUGAGAAGGACGAUAUGUUUUCUCUUGAUCUUCACGCCUCUGAGAGCCAUAAGUAUAUAUUUGUUGCAUCUGAAAGCAAAACUACAAGAUUUGUCUUCUCGCUUGAUGUCUCCAAACCUCAGGAUGGACUCAAGGUGCUGACACCUCGUGUUGAUGGCAUUGAUUCAUCAGUCAGUCAUCGAGGCAACCACUUUUUCAUCCAGAGAAGGAGCACUGAAUUUUACAACUCAGAAGUGGUUGCCUGCUCUGUUGAUGACACAUCUAAGACAACUGUUCUGAUUCCACAUAGGGAAAGUGUAAAGAUUCAGGAAAUUCAGCUUUUUCGAGAUCACCUCGUACUAUUCGAGCGUGAACAGGGACUGCAGAAGAUAACAGUUCAUAGGCUUCCUGCUGAGGGACAGCCACUGAAAGGUCUCCCAGGUGGUCGUAGUGUUAGCUUUGUUGACCCGGUCUAUUCAGUUGACUCAACAGAUUCUGAGUUUUCAUCCGGUGUUUUGAGGUUCUGCUAUAGCUCGAUGAAAACACCUCCGUCUGUGUAUGACUAUGACAUGGAUAGUGGCACUUCCGUUGUCAAGAAGAUUGACACAGUAUUAGGAGGUUUUGAUGCAUCAAAUUAUGUUACAGAAAGGAAAUGGGUUACUGCGUCAGACGGAACUGAAAUUCCAAUGUCAAUUGUUUAUAACAAAAAACUUGCAAAGCUCGAUGGGUCUGACCCUUGCCUUCUUUAUGGAUAUGGUUCAUAUGAGAUCUCCGUGGAUCCAUAUUUCAAGGCGUCAAGGUUAUCACUCUUAGAUCGUGGUUUUAUCUACGUAAUUGCUCAUGUUCGUGGGGGUGGUGAAAUGGGGAGACAGUGGUACGAGAAUGGAAAGCUAUUGAAGAAGAAAAACACAUUCACUGAUUUUAUUGCUUGUGCUGAGCGUUUAAUAGAACUUAAGUACUGCUCGAAGGAAAAACUGUGCGUGGAAGGAAGAAGUGCUGGUGGAUUGCUGGCGGGUGCUGUUCUUAAUAUGAGGCCUGACUUGUUCAAGUUGGUUAUCGCUGGAGUGCCUUUUGUAGAUGUUUUGACAACAAUGCUGGACCCAACUAUUCCGCUUACGACAUCAGAAUGGGAGGAGUGGGGUGACCCUAGAAAGGAAGAAUUUUACUUCUAUAUGAAGUCAUAUUCUCCAGUCGACAAUGUUACGGCGCAGAAUUAUCCAAAUAUUCUUGUAACUGCUGGGUUAAAUGAUCCAAGAGUCAUGUACUCUGAACCUGCCAAGUUCGUGGCGAAGCUGAGAGAAAUGAAGACCGACAACAACUUGCUGUUGUUCAAAUGUGAGCUUGGCGCUGGGCAUUUCUCAAAAUCUGGGAGAUUCGAGAAGCUUCAGGAAGAUGCAUUUACGUUUGCAUUCAUGAUGAAAGUUUUGGACUUGAUUCCCGCUUCC